AUGAGCGGGGGUCGCUUUGACUUUGAUGAUGGCGGGGCGUACUGCGGGGGCUGGGAGGGGGGCAAGGCGCACGGGCAUGGCCUGUGCACGGGCCCCAAGGGCCAGGGUGAAUACUCGGGCUCCUGGAACUUUGGCUUUGAAGUGGCGGGUGUCUACACCUGGCCCAGCGGAAACACCUUCGAGGGAUACUGGAGCCAGGGCAAACGGCACGGGCUGGGCAUAGAGACCAAGGGACGCUGGCUCUACAAGGGCGAGUGGACACAUGGCUUCAAGGGACGCUACGGGACCCGGCAGAGCAGCAGCAGUGGUGCCAAGUAUGAGGGCACUUGGAACAACGGCCUGCAGGACGGCUAUGGCACCGAGACCUACGCGGAUGGAGGGACGUACCAAGGCCAGUUCACCAACGGCAUGCGCCACGGCUACGGCGUGCGCCAGAGCGUGCCCUACGGGAUGGCCGUGGUGGUGCGCUCGCCGCUUCGCACCUCGCUCUCGUCCCUGCGCAGCGAGCACAGCAACGGCACGCUGGCCCCGGACUCGCCCACCUCGCCGGCCGCCGACGGCCCCGCGCUGCCCGGGCCGGCCAUCCCGCGCGGCGGCUUCGCGCUCAGCCUGCUGGCCAACGCCGAGGCGGUGGCGCGGGCGGCCAAGGGCGGCGGCCUGUUCCAGCGGGGCGCGCUGCUGGGGAAGCUGCGCCGCGCCGAGUCGCGCACGUCCCUGGGCAGCCAGCGCAGCCGCGUCAGCUUCCUCAAGAGCGACCUCAGCUCGGGCGCCAGCGACGCCGCGUCCACCGGCAGCCUGGCCGAGGGCGCCGAUGAGGCCGCGCCCUUCGAGGCCGACAUCGACGCCACCACCACCGAGACCUACAUGGGCGAGUGGAAGAACGACAAGCGCUCGGGCUUCGGCGUGAGCGAGCGCUCCAGCGGCCUCCGCUACGAGGGCGAGUGGCUGGACAACCUGCGCCACGGCUACGGCUGCACCACGCUGCCCGACGGCCGCCGCGAGGAGGGCAAGUACCGCCACAACGUGCUGGUCAAGGGCACCAAGCGCCGCGUGCUGCCGCUCAAGAGCAGCAAGGUCCGCCAGAAAGUGGACCACAGCGUGGAGGGCGCCCAGCGGGCCGCCGCCAUCGCGCGCCAGAAGGCCGAGAUCGCCGCCUCCAGGACAAGCCACGCCAAGGCCAAAGCUGAGGCAGCAGAACAGGCUGCCCUGGCUGCCAACCAAGAGUCCAACAUUGCCCGCACUUUGGCCAGGGAGCUGGCUCCAGACUUCUACCAGCCAGGUCCGGAGUAUCAGAAGCGCCGGCUGCUCCAGGAGAUCCUGGAGAAUUCGGAGAGCCUGCUGGAUUCCCCCGACCGGGGCCCCAGCGCCCCGGGCCUCCCGGAACGGCUCCGCGAGAGCCCGGAGCUGCACGAACGGGAGACCCCGGCGCCCGAGGGUGGCCCCCCGUCGCCGGCCGGGACGCCGCCGCAGCCCAAGCGGCCCCGCCCGGCCGCGGCGUCCAAGGACGGCCUGCUGAGCCCGGGCGCCUGGAACGGUGAACCCGGCGGCGGCGGCGAGGGCAGCCGGCCGGUCACGCCGUCGGACGGCGCGGGUCGCCGCAGCCCCGCCCGGCCGGCCAGCGAACGCAUGGCCAUCGAGGCGCUGCAGGCGCCGCCCGCGCGGCCGGAGGAGCCGGAGGUGGCGCUGUACCAGGGCUACCACAGCUACGCCGUGCGCACCGCGCCAACCGCGCCGCCGCCCUUGGAGGACGAGCCCGAGGCCCCCGCCGCCGACUCCGCGCCCCCGUCCCCGGCCGCCGCCGCCGCGCCCGGGACGGCGCCCCCGCCCCGAAGCCCCGCGCAGGCGCCCGAGAGCCCCGCCAAGCUGGAGCCCAAGCCCAUCGUGCCCAAGGCCGAGCCCAAGGUCAGGGCCCGCAAGACGGAGGCUCGAGGGCUGACCAAGGCUGGGGCCAAGAAGAAGGCUCGGAAGGAGGCCGCGGUGGCGGCCGAGGUCGAGGUGGAGGAGGUCCCCAACACCGUCCUCAUCUGCAUGGUGAUCCUGCUGAACAUCGGCCUGGCCAUCCUCUUCGUUCACCUCCUGACCUGA